AUGUCAUCCAUUCAACACAACGUGCCGCCAAAAAAGUCCAACCUGUCACGCCGCUCUGCCAGCUUAAGAAGGCAAUCUUCCACUCUCUUGGAAGAGACAGAAGAACGGCGUCAGAAACGCCGACAAGACCUCCGUGCACGAGCAGCUUCAAGGAGAGCAAUUGAAACAGCAGAACAGCGUCAGAAACGCCUACAAGACCUCUGUGCACGAGCAGCAAAGAGGAGAGCAUCUGAAACACCAGAACACCGUCAGAAACGCCGACAAGACCUCUGUGAACGAGCAGCAAAGAGGAGAGCAUCUGAAAUACCAGAACAGAAUGAGGUACGGAUUGAAGGUGUUCGCACACGAGCAGCUGCAAAGAGAGCGGCUCAGCCAGACGAAGAAAGAGAGACUGAGAUACGAGAACGUCAUCUGCGUACGUCAAUUGGAUCAGCAUGUCAUUGCACUCCAACACGUGACAUACUCUUUGAAGUAUUGAAGAUCUCCAGUGCUGCAUUCAAUUACGACUCAUCUCUUGAUUAUUCAAUUGCAGCGCAGAUUGGAUCGAUGUCUCAGAGCUGCGGGAAAUGUGGAGCAUUGAAAUGGCAGAAGGAAACGAAAGGCAUGUGCUGCUCGAAUGGCAAAGUUUCUUUGCCAACACUUACUUCUCCUCCAGAACCUCUCCAAACUCUGCUAAAGGGAGAAACAGCAGAGAGCCGUCAUUUUCUCGAUAACAUGCGCAAGUACAACAGCUGUUUUCAGAUGACGAGUUUUGGAGCUGACAAAGAAGUCACUGAGCACGGCUACAUGCCAACUUUUAAGGUUCAAGGGCAAGUUUAUCACACUAUCGGCAGUCUUCUUCCAAUGGCCGGUGAAGAGGCCAAGUUUCUCCAGAUCUACUUCAUUGGAGACCCAAAAGACCAGGCUAAACGACGAGGUCAGGGUAUUCCUGAAACCAGGCUCCCCAUUAUCCGGUCCCUUCAAGACAUGCUUCACCAAAACAACUAUUUGGUCUGCAGUUUCAAGUAUGCAUUUGAAAACCAUCCAGGAAGAGAGUUUGACAUUGUCAUCAAUUCUGACAAGGUACCUUCGGGGGAACAUCGCCGUCGCUUCAAUGCUCCUGUUGUUUCUGAGGUGGCAGCUGUCAUUUCUGGGUACGAGAAGGGACAGCGAGACAUCGUAAUCAGACACAGAAACAAUGAACUGGAGAGGAUCAGUUUAUCUAAUAGGGUGUACGACGGUCUUCAAUAUCCACUCAUCUACACCAGAGGUGAAGACGGCUACUAUUGGCAAAUCUACAAGCAAGAUUCAGGUGGCGGUCCAAUAGACAAAAUGGUGACAGCUAUGGAGUUUUAUGCAUACCAUCUAAUGUUACGGCUAGGUUCUUCAGACCACCUCUUUCGCGAGAGAGACCUUUUUCAUCAGUUCUUGGUAGACAUGUAUGCGAAGAUCGAGAGGGAGCGACUUGCUUACAUUGUCAGCCAUCAGAAAGAGCUUAGGGUAGACGAUUACGCUCACCUUCGAGAUUCUAUCAAUAACGAUGCUGCCCAUGGCCAUGAGCUUGGAAAGAUGGUUAUUCUUCCCGCGACUUUCACAGGUGGGCCAAGGUGCAUGCAAGAAAAGACGCAAGAUGCUCUGACAUAUGUCAAACAUUAUGGCCGUCCUGACCUUUUUAUCACUUUCACGUGUAAUCCAAAGUGGGCUGAAAUCACUGCUGAGCUACUGCCAGGACACGCUUACUCUAACCGUCACGACAUUAUUGCCAGAGUCUUCAGACAGAAGAUUGUCAAGCUAAUUGAUCUCUUUACCAAAUACAACAUCUUUGGUCUCAUCCGAUGUGACAUGUACUCAAUUGAGUGGCAAAAGCGUGGCCUGCCCCACGCCCACAUUCUUCUCUGGCUACAGCAAAAACUUCGUCCAGCCCAGAUUGACUCUUUUAUUAGCGCCGAACUGCCCAGUCAACAAGAAGACCCCGAGCUACACAAUAUCAUCAAGAGCCACAUGGUUCAUGGACCUUGCGGUCGCUUCAAUCCUAACUCUCCGUGCAUGAAGGAUGGGAAAUGCACAAAGAACUACCCUAAGCGAGCCUUGAAGGAGACUCGGACUGGUCGCGAUGGCUACCCGCUCUACAAACGCCGCAAACCAGAAGAUGGAGGGUCAACAGCCAAGAUCAACUUCCGACUCUGUGGCCAAUACUAA